GCUUUCGCUCAUCUCCUAGCUCUUGCUUAUACCAAGCCUUUCAAGCCAUGUCUAGGCAUUGAUCCCAUAUUCUCGGCCUUUCCAGGCAGCGGCUUGAAGCAGACUGCGAUACGAUGAAUGUCGACACACUCAGACGACAGUAGCGAGAACGCCGAAUGGCGUCUCAUGCCGGCCCUAGACUUCACAUCCCAUGUUUGUGAGAAUAUACUUGCGACGAUAAGGGAUGGUGGGGUCUGCGGUAUGGCUGAAUACUUUGAAGUAGGCGUAUUCGAGACCUUUUAGCUCAUGUUUACCAUGAGGUAUGGAUGUAUAAAGUGUUCCAAGACGCCUGUGUACAACAGAGCAUCAGCUUGAUUCAAUCAUAUCCGCUCAUCUCCCGACCUUCAUCCGCCUUCACUACGCCAUGAAGAACUAUCUUUCCAUCGGAGUCACAGCCCUCUUGGCAUCACAAGCACUUGCUGGCGACGACGAUUGGCUGAGCCCAGUCUACAAGCAGAUAUUCCAGAACCCGCUUCCUAUCCCCCAGGAUAAGGCCAAAUCAUACACCUACCGAAACGAGACCACAGGGAAUGAGAUUGAUUUCUACGAGGUCGAUGUGAAGCCAUUCACACAGCAAGUCUACCCUGGGCUGAAGCCGGCUAACCUUGUUGGGUACGAUGGAGUAUCACCUGGGCCUACUUUCCGCAUGACCAAAGGUCGUGAAGCCAUUGUUCGUUUCAAGAAUCACGGCCCCAAAGAUCUUUCAGUGCAUCUUCAUGGUUCCUAUAGCCGAGCACCUUUCGAUGGAUGGGCUGAGGACACUACCAAGAACGGUCAAUACAAAGACUACUACUACCCUAACAAGCAGAGUGCGCGGACUUUGUGGUACCACGACCAUGCAAUUCAUCAUACUGCGGAGAACGCCUACUUCGGACAAGCGGGCUUCUACAUUCUCCAUGACCCUGCUGAGGAUGGAUUAGGGCUUCCUUCGGGCUCAUACGAUGUACCUCUGGCACUGGCCUCAAAGCAGUACAACAGUGACGGCACGCUUUUUGAUCCGGCAAGCGAGACCGUUUCCCUCUGGGGCGAUGUCAUCCACGUCAACGGUCAACCAUGGCCUUACCUGAAGGUGGAGCCACGCAAGUACCGCUUCAGGGUGCUCAACACAGCCAUCAGCCGUGCCUUCAAGCUCACUCUCGAGGACCCUGCUGCUAAAAAGGUUCCGUUUCAUGUCAUCGCCGCAGACACUGGUCUCAUGUCCAAGCCUGUGCAAACCGACAACCUCGAGAUCUCAAUGGCUGAACGCUGGGAGAUCGUCGUCGACUUCAGCACAUACGCCGGAAAGAACGUAACGAUGAAGAAUGCCCGCGACGUGCAAGCAGACGAGGACUACAACAGCACUGACAAGGUUAUGCGAUUCGUUGUCGGUUCCUCCGUCUCUAGCACAGCCGGCAACGGCGCUCUGCCAGGCUCUCUCCGCACAGUCCCGUUCCCACCGAAGAAGAGUGGUAUCGAUAGGAGCUUCAAGUUCGGACGCACCAACGGCCAAUGGACAGUCAACGGCGUCACCUUUGCCGACGUCAACAACCGCAUCCUCGCAAAGCCUCAGCGCGGCGCUGUCGAGGUCUGGGAGCUUGAGAACUCAUCCGGCGGCUGGAGCCAUCCCGUUCAUAUCCAUCUCGUCGACUUCCAGAUCCUGAGCCGCACCGGAGGUAAACGAAGCGUUCUGCCCUAUGAACGAGAAGCUUUAAAGGACGUCGUCUUGCUUGGUACCAACGAAAAGGUUACAGUUAUUGCUCGUUACGCCCCAUACGAUGGUGUAUACAUGUUCCACUGCCACAACCUCAUCCACGAGGACCAUGACAUGAUGGCUGCUUUCAACGUCACCAGCCUUGCCAACUUCGGCUACCCCGAGACAACCAAGUUCAUCGACCCGAUGGAGGAGAAGUACCGCUCCAAGGAUAUCAACGACCACGACGACGAGAGGGAGCACAUCUAUGAGAAGUGCGCUGAGCUUGAGGCUCUGGAGGCUUACACUGAACCUGAGAAGGUUGAAGAGGCGCUUGUGGAGUACUGGGCCAAUGGAGGAAAGGGACCUAGCACGCUAGUCACCAGCACUCGACCAGCUUCUUCUUCAUCCUCAUCCUCUUCGUCUGCUACGGGCACGGUUGCUUCGUCUACGGCAUCGCAGACAAACACUUCCUCUCCGACAAUAACUUCAGCACCCAAAACGACUAGUACAAGUACGAAGACGGAUGACAAGAAGACGUCGACAUCGUCCACAAGGAGAAGAUAGAAGAAUUUCGAAGGUUUCAUGGCGUUGCUUUUCUUUUUGUAUACAAUAUUCCAAGGCGUUCUAGAGGCUGGUGGGACACAUAUCAUGACGACACGACAUUCCUUAGAUAACGAGAUCAUUUCAACGAUAUUCUCUCCUUCACUGCACUCGCACUCUCAGCCUGCUGGUGUGAACAUGUGGCCCACGUAGAAACAGUGCGACUGAAACAAUCGAAAGAUGCAUGCUCGGCGCUGCCC